UCAAACGAAGUCAUCCCAAACUUUAAUCUAAGUACUCAACAAUUCUUCCCCUUUCUUGGUUUUGUUUCAUUCUUAUUUUGAGAUCUGGGUUUCUGUUUGUUUCAACUAUUCGUCUCCAGAUCUCUUGAAAUAUUAAGCUUCAUUCUCUUCCACAGCUUUUCCAGGUUUCGGUUCUUCAAUACUUUCAAGAUGGAUGAAGUCGACGUUCCAUCCUAUUUUCUCUGCCCGAUCUCUCAGGAAAUCAUGAGAGAUCCAGUGACUGUAUCCUCUGGAAUAACCUACGAUCGGGAGUCCAUAGAGAGAUGGAUAUCCUCCAGCAAGAACACUAGUACGUGCCCCGUCACGAGACAACCCUUGUCUUCAGAUACGGAUCUGAUCCCAAACCACUCUCUCAGACGAUUGAUCCAAGCAUGGUGCACUCUCAAUGCUUCCAAAGGUAUCGAACGAAUCCCAACACCAAAGCUUCCAGUUGAUAAAGCCCAAAUUAUCAAACUCCUCAAUGAGGGUAACGCUCUUCAACAUCAGAUGAGAUGCCUCCAAAGUCUCAGAUCCAUUGCCAAUGAAAACGAGAGGAACCGUAGAUGUUUGGAGUCUGCAGGAGCAGUUGAGUUCUUGGCUACAAUCGUAGCCAACGAGGAUAGCUCAAGUUCCAAUGAUGAAGAAGCUCUAUACAUUCUUUAUCGUCUCCAGAUCUCAGAGGCUGGCCUCAAGAAACUUAUCAUCAGAAGAUCAAAUGGUGAAGACUUCAUUGAGACCUUGAUGAGGGUCUUGCAACAUGGGACCUACCCAUCUCGUGCUUACGCUGCAUUGCUUCUGAAAUCCAUGUUUGAGGUGUGUGAUCCCAUUUAUCUGAUGGCCUUACGAGUGGAACACUUUGCUCAGAUCGUGAAUGUUUUGCGUGACCAGAUCUCCAAACAGGCAUCUAAGGCUUCGUUACAGAUCAUGGUUGAGAUCUGUCAUUGGACUCGAAACAGGAUCAAAGCCGUGGAAGCUGGUGCAGUUUCAGUGUUGAUCGAGAUCCUCCUAGAGACGACAACAGAGAAGAGAGAUUCCGAGAUGGUGUUGGUGGUGUUGGAUCAGUUAUGUGGAUGUGCAGAAGGGAGAGCUGAAUUGUUAGGGCACGGAGCUGGAAUAGCUGUGGUGUCCAAGAAGAUACUUAGGGUUUCACAUUUGGCCACUGAAAGAGGAGUUAGGAUACUAUCUUCGAUAUCAAGGUUCUAUCCUACUUCAUUUGUUCUUCAAGAGAUGCUACAAGUUGGGGUUGUUUCCAAGUUGUGUUUGGUGCUUCAAGUGGACUGUAGCCUAAUCACCAAGGAGAAGGCCAAGGAGAUGCUUAAGUUGCAUUCUAGGGUUUGGAAGAAUUCUUCAUGUAUACCUGUCCAUCUACUUUCUUCUUAUCCAUCAUCUUAAUUAAUACAUUCACAAGGAAGGUGAAAGCAGUUAGUCUUGUGUACAUAAUUAGAUAAAAGAAA